AUGAAUUUCUCAGAGAAAGGGCUGGAUAGCCUACUCAAGGAAGAAUGGGUAUCGAAACUGGAAGAGAACACCUACAUACAAAAAAUGUCAAUGAACAACAUGAUCAUGAAUUAUCUAGUCACAGAAGGAUUCAAGGAAGCUGCCGAAAAGUUUCAACAGGAGUCGGGAGUAGGUCCGACGGUGGAACUGAGCUCUCUGGAUGACAGGAUCCGUAUUCGAGACGCCGUACAGAACGGUCAUAUCCAGGAAGCGACAGACUUGGUGAAUCAGCUGCAUCCUGAACUGUUGGACAACGACAGAUAUCUCUACUUUCACCUGCAACAGUUGCACUUGAUUGAACUGAUACGCACAGGCAGAGUCGAGGAGGCGCUUCAGUUUGCCCAGGAUCAACUCAGCGAAGCUGGCGAGUCAGAUGAUAAUAUAUUGUGCGAGUUGGAACGUACAUUGGCACUGUUGGCUUUUGAUGAACCACAUAAGAGUCCAUUCAGUGACCUUCUACAUCCCACACACAGACAGAAAAUUGCAAGCGAAUUGAAUGCUGCUAUAUUGAAAAUGGAACAUAGGGAAUCUACUAGCCCUCGUCUCAAUAAUCUGUUGAAGAUGAUACUAUGGGCUCAAGAGGAAUUAGACAAGAAAAAAGUAAAAUAUCCCAAGAUGACUGAUCUAGGUAGUGCCACAAUUGAAGAUACAAAAUAAUUUUAUAGUAGAGUGACUGAGAGCAUUUCUCAGCCUUAUUUCUAAAUGCGAUAAAUGAAUAUUUUGAAUUGAUUUUUAAACGUAAUUUUAUGUAAAUUGCUAUAUUCAUUUUGUAGGAAAAUAUAUUCGAAUUUUAAUCUUGUAUAACAAAUUAGAGAGGAAAAUGGUGUGUAGAAUUAUUAAUCUGUUAUAAUAAGAAUGUGUAAUGAUUAAUUUGAUACAUCGUUGUUACAAUUACUGUAAGUGUAAGAGAUAAGAAUGAUUAUUGCGAUUAUUUCUUUGUCUUUUGGAAUGUAAUGUUAAUAUAACAGGUAGAGGUAUUUUCAGAAUUUGUGUACAUGCAAUAUUUACUAGGAAUAGAUACGCGCAAAUUAAGACUUACAUAUGACUCCGGCUAUUAGCCUAUACAAGAUAAUAUAAUUGUAAAGAUACAUACAAAUAUAACAUGUGAUAAUAUGCAUAUUACAAUAGUCUUAAAAAAGUAACAGCCUUCACAGAGACGCUCUUAUAGUAUGAUUUUCAAAGUUAUAGAAAAGUUUAUUUUUAGG